AUGAUUUCCUAAUCAUAAAAUAAAAAAUUUUGCAUCGAACCAAUAAUUCCAACUGAUAACGAAGUUUAUAAGUGGGCUUUGAUAAAUCAUAGGUUCUAAAAAGUUAAAAUUCAAGAAAGAAUCGAUCAAAACCAAAUAGUAUAUUUAUUCGAAGGCAGAACAUUGAGAAGGUAAAAGAUGACUUAAAUUUUUAAGUCUAUCCCGCCAAAACUAACCCGACUAUAAUGACAAAAUAUUUUAUAAUUUGGAAUAGAUCAUGAAGCUGGAAUGGAAAGGAGAAUAAGGAACUAAUAAUAAAAAAUUUGGAAAAUGGAAAGCCUUUUGGAAUUAGAGAAGAUUGUAAAAUGUUGAGGGGUAUUAUGAAAAUGGAUCGAAAAUAGGUUUAUGGAAUGAAUUAUUUAAAAAUUAUUUUAGGUAAAUUAAAAAUUUUUUAAAAAUAGCCAAGCCAAAGUAUUUGAAACCGGUCAAUAUCAAAAUAAUUAUAGAGUAGGAAAAUGGAAAUAUAUAUAUAAAAAGGCUGAGAUGUACAUUACUGUUUAAUAUUUAGUGGUGGAGGAAAAUAUUCAAAUGAAAUGCAUAAUAUGAAAAUAGGUUAAUGGAUUGAAUUGGAUGAUGAAUUUAGAAAUCAAAAGUAAGUGAUUUAUAAUGGUGAAUAUAAUUGUGGUAAUAAAGUGGGCAGUUGGGAUAUUUGUUUUAGACAAGAUGAGAUUAAUAAAUUUACAAUAAUGUAAAAUACUUUUAUAUAGUGUGCUAUUAUAAAUGUAUUAGUGGUGGAGGAUAAUAUGAUGAAAAAGGGAAUGGCUUGAAGAAUGGGCUAUGGAUCGAUUUGGAUGAAGAAUUCAACUGUAUUAAAUAAGUAAUUAUGACUGGUAAUUAUGAAAAUGGAAAAAAAACUGGUAGAUGGAAUAUUAAGUAUAGAUUGGAAAUCAAUUAAUCAUUUUCAAAAAUGUAAAUUAUAAUAUAUAAAGUUCUCAACUAAAAAUUAUAGCGGUGGUGGAUAAUAUAAUCAAGAAGGUAUAAAAAUUGGAAGAUGGAUUGAUUUAGAUGAGGGAUUUUAUUUUGAAAAAUAAGUAACUUAUAAUGGUGAAUAUCAAAAUGGUAUAAAAGUNCCCGACUAUAAUGACAAAAUAUUUUAUAAUUUGGAAUAGAUCAUGAAGCUGGAAUGGAAAGGAGAAUAAGGAACUAAUAAUAAAAAAUUUGGAAAAUGGAAAGCCUUUUGGAAUUAGAGAAGAUUGUAAAAUGUUGAGGGGUAUUAUGAAAAUGGAUCGAAAAUAGGUUUAUGGAAUGAAUUAUUUAAAAAUUAUUUUAGGUAAAUUAAAAAUUUUUUAAAAAUAGCCAAGCCAAAGUAUUUGAAACCGGUCAAUAUCAAAAUAAUUAUAGAGUAGGAAAAUGGAAAUAUAUAUAUAAAAAGGCUGAGAUGUACAUUACUGUUUAAUAUUUAGUGGUGGAGGAAAAUAUUCAAAUGAAAUGCAUAAUAUGAAAAUAGGUUAAUGGAUUGAAUUGGAUGAUGAAUUUAGAAAUCAAAAGUAAGUGAUUUAUAAUGGUGAAUAUAAUUGUGGUAAUAAAGUGGGCAGUUGGGAUAUUUGUUUUAGACAAGAUGAGAUUAAUAAAUUUACAAUAAUGUAAAAUACUUUUAUAUAGUGUGCUAUUAUAAAUGUAUUAGUGGUGGAGGAUAAUAUGAUGAAAAAGGGAAUGGCUUGAAGAAUGGGCUAUGGAUCGAUUUGGAUGAAGAAUUCAACUGUAUUAAAUAAGUAAUUAUGACUGGUAAUUAUGAAAAUGGAAAAAAAACUGGUAGAUGGAAUAUUAAGUAUAGAUUGGAAAUCAAUUAAUCAUUUUCAAAAAUGUAAAUUAUAAUAUAUAAAGUUCUCAACUAAAAAUUAUAGCGGUGGUGGAUAAUAUAAUCAAGAAGGUAUAAAAAUUGGAAGAUGGAUUGAUUUAGAUGAGGGAUUUUAUUUUGAAAAAUAAGUAACUUAUAAUGGUGAAUAUCAAAAUGGUAUAAAAGUGGGUUCAUGGGUAAUUAACUUUAGAAAAGAUUAGAAUGAUGAAUUUAAACAAAUGUAAAAUAUUUUAUAUAAAGUACUUAGUGGUGGUGGAGAAUAUAAUUAAGAAGGGAUUAAAAUUGGAUAAUGGGUUGAUUUGGAUAAUAGAUUCAAUAUUGAAAAAUAAGUAAUUUAUAAGGGAAAUUAUCAAAAUGGUGUAAAAGUGGGUCCAUGGGUAAUUAACUUUAGAAAAGAUUAGAAAGUUGAAUUUAAACAAAUGUAAAAUAUUUUAUAUAAAGUACUUAAAUGUAUUAGUGGUGGUGGAGAAUAUUAAAAUGGUAUUAAAAUUGGAAAAUGGACUGA